AUGCUGCUGAGGCUCUUGCUGUUGAUCUGUGUUCCACUCUGUGAACCAACUGUGCUGCUUUUGAUAGCCAACCCUUCUAUGCCCAUAGAGGGUAACUCAAUGACCCUGACUUGUAAGGCCCAGCUCCCUCCAGAGAAGUUAGAUGUCCAUCUCCAGUUCUGCUUCUUCAAAGAUGGCUAUGCCCUGGGGCUGAGCUGGAACAACUCUACAGAGCUCCAGAUCCCUGCCGUGAGGAGGGAAGAAGAUUCAGGGUCCUACUGGUGUGAAGCACAGGCAGCUGAAACUAAAGUCAUAAAGAGCAAGAGUAUCCAGAUAUAUGUGCAGAGAAUCCCUGUCUAUAAUGUGAGCUUGGAGACACAGCCUCCAGGGGGACAUGUGAUGGAGGGAGAAAAGCUGGUUCUUGUCUGCUUGGUCCCUGGGGGAACAGGAGACAUCACUUUUCUCUGGUACAAAGGGGUUCUGGGCUUAAACCUGGAAACGAAGACCCAGCGUUCACUGACAGCAAAAUUUGAGAUUCCUAUGGUGAGGGAGAGUGAUGCUGAGAAAUAUUACUGUGCAGCUGACAAUGGCUAUGGUCUCAGUCUCAGUGGGCUAGUGAGCAUCACAGUCAGAAUUCCAGUGUCUCGCCCAGUUCUCACCAUCAGGGCUCCUGAGGCUCAGAAUGUGGUGGGAGAUGUAAUAGAUCUUCACUGCGAAGCAUGGAGAGGUUCUCCUCCAAUCUUGUACCAGUUUUAUCAUGAGAAUGUUACCAUGGGAAACAGCUCAGCCCCCUUUGGAGGAGGAGCAUCCUUCAACCUCACUCUGACUGCAGACCAUUUUGGAAACUAUUUCUGUGAGGCCAACAAUGGCCUUGGGGCCCAACGCAGUGAGGUGGUGAUACUCAACAUCACAGUGCCCCCAGAAGACAGAAGAAACCUUACUUCAACACUCUUUGAGUGGUUGCUUGGAAUCCUGGGUCUCACCACUAUGGUCCUAUUAUUUUGCUGUUGGCUCAAGAGAAAAAUAGGAAAACAUUCGGCCAGGGAUCCAUUCAGGAGCCCUCCCAGCCCUGUACUCCAAGGAUCCACAUAUGUCAACUCAACUUCUCCAGUGCAACUACAGCCUAUAUAUAAAAAUGUGAAUGCAGUAAAUGGAGAAGAGGUUUAUUCUUUGGUGUACUAUAUGCAACAGCAACAGCAAUCAGCAGCAGUAGAAUCCCUGAGUACACAUACUGAGGAUAAGGACUCUUCAGUCAUCUAUUCUGGACUGAAGAGAGCAAUCCUUAGAGAUGAAGACUAUGAAGAUGCUAUGUAA